GCUGGUUCAAAUAAUUGACUCAAAUAUCAAGAGCGGAGACACACAAUGGAGUGGAGCACGGUGCAGACACACUGCUGAAAGACUUAUCUGUAUGUUACACAGAGCGCAGCUUUAUCCCGGUGUGAGGAGGACAAACUGCGGAGAUUACUACUAACAGUUUGGGUAGUCUUGUUUCUUCGCGUUUUCAUCUGUUUCUGCUGGUGAAAAAGAUUCAGAUUGCAUUCGGACUUGAGCUGCAUCACAUCCGAGGCCAUCAUGCCUCCCACGACCCCAUAUGCCGGAAAGUUCAACUCUUGUGCUUCUUACGGCAACAACAACAACAACCACCCUCAGCCCCACAGCCCGUACCGCAACGGCACCGCCCCAAAGCCCGCCAAGGAAAACGUCUACAACGGCGCCUACUCCGCGGCAGAAAACCCCUACGACAUACCGCAGCCCCACGCUUCGUAUCGCAGCUCCUCUGUGUCCUCUGUGACCGCCAAGGAGCACCAUUACAACGCCGGCUGCGCGGUUUCCGAGAACCCGUACUCCUCGACGCAGCCUCACAGCCCCCGGCAGCACAGCACUUCCUGUCCGGCACGUGCGUACCGUCACACCACCACCAGCAGCAGCAGCGGCGGCAGCGAGCAGUCUUCUCGCAACAACUCCGUCGCGGCGAAAGGCCGGCGUUACGGACACGGCGUCACCGCUAGCUAUGGGGAGAUGUGUUACCAUGACAACAGUUUGGUUUCGGCAUCCCUUGAGGCACUGAUCCAGCACCUGGUCCCCACAGUUGACUACUACCCCGAUAGGUCUUACGUGUUCACUUUCCUGCUGAGUUCACGCCUCUUCCUGCACCCGUACGAGCUCAUGACCAGGGUUUGUCACCUGUGUGUGGAGCAGCAGCGGUCCGGAGACGCCCUGCUGGAUAAGAUCCGUUUCCGUGAGGUGGCGCCCAAGCUGGUGCAGCUGCUGACCGAGUGGACGGAGACGUUUCCGUACGACUUCAGGGACGAGAGGAUGAUGCGCUGCCUCAAGGACAUGACCCACCAUGUGGCCCGAGGGGAUGAGUACUCUUGGCGAGCCAUGCAGCAGAUGACGCAGCGGCUGAUCAAACGGCUAUCCGCCCUCGGCCAGUACGAGGAGGCCGUCGCCGCGCUCAACGCCGUGGCGACGGAGCGGCCCGCUUCCCUGAAAAGCAAACAGGCCUCGGGUCAGCGAAGUGACGUGAUGAGCGUGUGUGACGACCCCUUCGUCCUCGCCCAGCAGCUCACACACAUUGAACUGGACAGACUGAGUUUUAUCGGUCCCGAGGAGUUCAUCCAGACAUUCGCCAUGAAGGAUCCUCUGGAGAACCAUAAGGGUUUCUUCCGGAAGCGCAAAACCAGUAACCUGGAGGCCUACGUCAACUGGUUCAACAGACUGAGUUACAUGGUGGCCACUGAGAUCUGUAUGCCAGUGAAGAAGAAACACCGAGCGCGGAUCAUAGAGUUCUUCAUUGAUGUGGCUCAGGAGUGUUUCAACAUCGGCAACUUCAACUCCCUCAUGGCCAUCAUCACUGGGAUGAACAUGAGUCCUGUUGCCAGACUGAGGAAGACCUGGAGUAAAGUCAACACUGACAAGUUCGAAAUCCUGGAGCACCAGAUGGACCCGUCCAGUAACUUCAGCAACUACCGCACUGCGCUCCGUGGCGCCACCCAGAGGUCUGAGACUGCACACAGCAGCCAGGAGAAGAUUGUGAUUCCUUUCUUCAGUCUCCUCAUUAAAGACAUCUACUUCCUGAAUGAAGGCUGUGCCAGCAGGCUGACCAACGGGCACAUCAAUUUUGAGAAACUUUGGGAGCUUGCGAAGCAGGUGAGCGAGUUCCUGGUUUGGCGUCAGGUGAUCUGUCCGUUUGACAGAGACCGCCGGAUCCUCCAGUACCUCGUCACCACGCCUGUCUUCAGCGAAGACGAGCUGCACCUGGCCUCGUACGAGAGCGAAGGACCUGAGAACAACAUGGAGAAAGACAGUCGUAGGUCUCUCAGAUCUUCCCUUCUGCAUCGAGAGAAUCGGUCCUAAGAGAGCGACGAUCUGCAGGCUGUAAAUGAACGAGGUAUUUUAAAGCUACAGGUCCCUCCAUAUCUUAUGGACACAACAAACACAGCUGGGCCCACAUUCUCACUCACAUCAACAGAAGAAUAUAUCACAAUUUGUGGGCUUUGCGCUCACAAGGAGCAUACAUGAUUUAUAAAUCGGAUACUGUCACAAUCCCUGAUGAAAUUCAGCAGAUGCCAAAGGACCUUAAUGCUGCAGUUUUGAACAUAAUGAUUCCCAAGGAGUACUCGGACCGACUCAGAAGCUGCUCUUCUUCUUCUUCUUCAUCAUCAGCUCUGUUCAAGGCACUUAAAAGGAUUUCAGACGACUGCAGAAGUAGUCAAACGUGUGGAUUUUGUUUAUAUCUCCGGUGGACCUCCAUCAUGGCGACAACAUAAUUGUGGAAGGACUCAUACCAUGGAAGCUUAAAGGGCUGGUUUUGUCUCUGAAUGAAUAAGACGGAUAUGGACCCGAUUGGUUACAUUGCAACAUAAGCACUGCUUCUCUGCGGACAUCCGGGGCUGAGUUCAGUCAGAAACCACAGAGAGAGGAGAGACGCACUCUGGAAAGAGAGGUCAUCGAUUUGUAUUAUAAGUAACAGGCUAACAACUGCUUUUAGAAGUGGUGUUGUCUACAGUGUCGUCUUGUUGAGUGCUUGAUUGUAAUGACAACAUCGUGAGCACAGCAGCAAUCACUGCACCACAUCCAAUCCAAAUCCAUUUUCUCCCCGUUUCCACACAGCUUCAAUUUCCGGCUAUUUCCAGGUCAUUCAAGCCUUUGAUCUAAUUUGAACACAGAAUGCAAAUCCGCUACAUAUUUCCUAAGACAUUUUUACAGACGCUGCAUUCAUCAAUCAUGCUAUUUGGUUCUAAAAAUGUUGUGAUGCGUGCACUUUGGCUGCGCCUCGGUGAUGCAAAAUUGUGCGAGUGUCAGCAACAUCAUGCUAAUCAUGCGCGUAAAAUCAAAUGCACUUCAGUGGGUUCUUGUGUAUUGUUCUAUAGGAUUUAGUGACACCUAUUUUAAGGCGUCCUUCUAUACAGUAUUAAGUUGUAUUUUGUAUCAGAAGGUUCAAAAAAAGUGUUUUUUUCUUUAUGUACUUUCUCUGAAGUGUAACCGUGAGCUUGUUGCAGGUUGGCUGACUGUGUUGGUAAGCUAAUUUUUGUUAAUGCAACACCAGUUCCUGUGUGACGUGGGGUCUGAAUGAGGCACAAACUGAUGUGUGUACGUGCAGGUCGGAUACAAACAGGACCCGAAACCUGCUCUUCAUCUCAUAAUGAUGUGAGCGUGAUGCGAUCCUUUAAAAGUCUGCCUAUGAGUGAACGUGAUGCUAUUGUUGUGUUUUCUUUUCUUUUUUUUAAGCUAAUUUUAUGUUUCAUUUUAUAAGUGUUUUUUUCAUGUAUCAUUUGUUAUACCAGUCAGGGUACUUGUACUGAAGGUCUUUGUGAAAAGAGGAGUAUAUUUUUCUUUCAAAUAAACAGAAUAACUGAA